UCGAACUACAGGGAAGAGAAAAGAGGAGAGAGGAUACUCCAUAAAAUUGGUUACUGAAUUCCCUCUUUCACGGUAUUCAAAUUCACAAAUUUUAUCACCAGCACACUACAUACAGAAGCAAUUCAAAUUCUCGCCGAGAAAUGGAAAUCGAUUCAGGCAUGAACUUGUAUUCCAAAGAGCAACACAAAAUGUAUCAAACUUGGUUCAACUUUGCAGAUUCAGAUCGAGACGGCCGGUUAACUGGAAAUGAUGCGACGAGUUUCUUUGCCAUGUCAGGUUUAGCGAAACCUGAGCUCAAGCAGGUCUGGGCAAUUGCUGAUUCCAAGCGACAAGGAUAUCUAGGUCUGAAGGAAUUCAUCACUGCAAUGCAGCUCAUAUCCUUUGCACAAGAAGGAAAUGAACUAAACUCAGAUAUCCUUAAAAGAACAGGCUAUUUGGAGACACUGGAUCCUCCACAAAUGGCAGGUUUGAAUGCCUUUAUGGAAAACAAGAGUUAUCAAGUAUCAAACAAAAAUUCUGAAACCAAUGGAAACAUCCAUCAAGCUCCACCAAAACCAAUGAGUUCGUUUGGCACAAAGUCUAAUAAGAAGAACCACACUUCCCUCAAUUCAGUCACUUCAGUGGUUGAUGGCUUGAAGAUGUUGUACAAUGAGAAACUGAAGCCACUGGAAGCUAUGUACCGUUUUAAUGAUUUUGCAUCCCCAUUUUUGACUACUAGUGAUUUUGAUGCAAAACCGAUGGUGAUGCUUUUGGGUCAGUAUUCAACUGGAAAAACAACAUUUAUAAAGCACCUGCUCCAAUCCAGCUACCCAGGGGCUCAUAUUGGACCUGAACCGACUACUGACCGUUUUAUUGUUGUCAUGUCUGGACCGGAUGAGAGGAGCAUCCCAGGAAAUACUAUUGCUGUUCAUGCUGACUUGCCAUUUACUGGUUUGACUACUUUCGGUGGAUCAUUUUUGUCUAAGUUUGAGUGUUCCCAAAUGCCACAUCCACUGCUUCAACAUAUAACAUUUGUGGACACUCCCGGGGUUUUAUCUGGAGAAAAGCAACGGACACAGAGAAGCUAUGAUUUCACAGGUGUCAUAUCAUGGUUUGCCGCAAAAUGUGACUUAAUACUCCUCCUCUUCGAUCCCCAUAAGCUUGACAUCAGUGAUGAGUUCAAACGUGUAAUUUCAUCACUUCAUGGUCAUGAUGAUAAGAUACGUGUUGUUCUGAACAAAGCAGAUCAAGUUGACACACAGCAGUUAAUGCGAGUCUACGGUGCUCUAAUGUGGUCGCUUGGGAAAGUCCUGAAUACUCCAGAAGUAUCCCGGGUCUAUAUUGGAUCAUUUAAUGACAAGCCUGUGAACGAAGCAGCUACUGGUCCUGUAGGAAAGGAACUGUUUGAGAAAGAGCAAGAUGACCUCCUUGUAGACUUGAUCGAUAUACCCAAAAAGGCUUGCGAUCGUCGGAUUAACGAGUUUGUAAAACGUGCUAGAGCGGCCAAGAUCCAUGCUUAUAUCAUUAGCCAUCUCAAGAAAGAGAUGCCGGCGUUAAUGGGCAAAUCUAAGGCUCAACGACGACUAAUGGAUAAUCUUGAGGGUGAAUUCGAAAAGAUUCAAAGAGAACACCAUCUCCCAGCCGGAGACUUUCCAAACGUGGAACAAUUUAGGGAUGUCUUGAGUCGCUACAACAUCGACGAUUUUGAAAAGUUGAAGCCAAAGAUGAUUCAAGCUGUGGACGACAUGCUCGGCUAUGAUAUUCCGGAGCUAUUGAAAAACUUCAGGAACAUAUAUGACUAGGGUCGGUAGGAAAUCUUCAAGAAGGCUUGAAGUUGUAACUCGGAGAUGUAUUACGCAGCUCAAGACAUAAUAUCUCUUUCUAUUUUGUGGGUUUUUCAUAAACAUAAGACAAAUCACUGUGAAGAUGAAAAGAUUGACAGAAUAUAUGUUUCAUUUCUUUCGUGCU